AUCUUUUUUUUUUUUUUUGGGUAAAAGAGAUUCAUAAAUCUGCUUCAUGUUAAAGUUACAAUUUGUUUAUUUGUUUGAACAAAUUUCAGUGUUCUGCAAUCUUUUGCCUGUGUUCUAGCUAUGCAGUUCUUUAGAGGUCAAAUCCAAGAUCUAGAAGUAGGGGAUGUACUAUUUAACAUAGACAUUAGGCAUAAUCAGGUACGAAAGGUAUGCACGUCUAGACAUCUCAGCUCGUCUCCACUGACAUGCUAGUUGAAGACUCCAACUUACAAAAUAAUUAUUUGGGUACCUCUAAAAUUUAUGUGUCACAUCAACAUAAGUGUCCACGAGACAUAGUGGGGAUGAGUUAAGAGUGUUAAGUUGUUAGCUGAGAACAAGUUGAGGUGUCUAGAUGUGCACUUUCAAAGUUAGAGAACGAGUUGGAGUGUUAAGUUGUUAGUUGAGACCAAGUUGGGGUGUUUAGAUGUGCACUAUCAAAAUUGGAGAACGAGUUGGAGUGUUAAUUUGUCAGUUGAGACCAAGUGGAGGUGUCUAGAUUUGCACUCUCAAAGUUGGAGGGUGAGUCGGAGACUUGAAGCGUUUAAUUGUCAGUUGAGAUUAUGUUGAGGUGUCUAGAUUUGCACUCUCAAAGGUGGAAUGUUUUCUUACCAGCUGUGGUCAAAUUUGAGUGUCUAUUUAUGUAUUAUGCCUUAAAUAUAUACUUACUUUUGAAAUUUUUUUGAAGUUCUCUAUGUAGCUUAUUGUCCAUGUUUGAGGUUGUGUUGGAUCUGCCUCUGCAUCUAUUCAAAAUGUCAAAAUUACUGCAAACUUUACUAGAAUACAAGUGGUUUAAGUUUUUCCCGGCCCAAUAAAAUUGCAUGACUACUUUUUACCCUCUUAAAUGCAAAAAUGGCUAGUGCUUUCAUGGUUAUGUUUUGAGCUUGUGCUCAUAUUUGUUAAUGAAGAGUAUGUUCUUCAUACAACCUCUUUCACAUUUUUCUAUCAUAAUCUACUUUUACUGUAGAGCAAAAUGGAUACGGAUGUUUCAUUUAACUGUGUUUAACUCAUUCUAUAUUGAUGCAUACAGAGUCGGAGAUAGGAUUUUCAAUAAGGGGUUCAAAAUCUGUAGAAAUAGAUAGUCGAAGUGGGUUUGAAUACUAUAUAUACAUAUAAACUUAUUUUAACCAUGCAUAAAUAAUAUAAUUUUCCGUCAAAGGGGGUUCAGAUGAACCCCCUUGUAUGAAGGUAGCUCUGCCCCUUGGAUGCGUAUCUGAUUGAUAUAUUAACUUAUUCCAUGGAGUUGUAUGGAUACAAAUGAUUCAUAUUGUACUCCAACUAAUUCGGGAUUCAGCUUACUUGAUUCACAUAUGCCAACUUAUUCAUUUGAGGCUAUGUAUUAAACAUAUUUCUGCAAAUAACUCGUGUAAUUCCACAAGAAUGUGUCUUCAAGCUUGCUUGCAUCUUGCAUUUCUAACUUGUUUCCUGUUCUUUUUCCUUAUUUAACUAUUUUCUACAUGCUGUAAUAAUCCUUUUAUUAUUUUCACUCUUGCGUGUGUAAAUAUAAUAUAGGUUAAAUACGUGGUGUUUGUCCUAGAAAUGAAUUAUCCAAAAUGAGAAAUAUGUGGUUGUCCUUGUGGAUACUAGUUUUUAAAUCCAUCUAUCCAUCUGUAGUUGAACCCAUAUUGAAAUCAUUGUCGGUGAUGGGACCAGGUGAAAGCAAGCCUACCCUAGAAGAUAAGUUUGUGUUGCCAACAAUCAAACCUUAUGGUUCUUGCUCCAUUCAGGGACUUGUAAACUGACAACAAGUGGAAACACUUUGUGUGUCGGAGACUUUAAUUACAAGAAAAUUGCACUUCUGUUUAAUUUCUGAAGUACUUCACUUUCUGUGAAGAUGCUUAAGGUCCCUCAGCAUCAAGUUGCAGGGCACGAAGCGGGCAUCGGGAAGCUUGGUCCCCUCGUGGAUGAAUCAGGGCGCUUCUACAAGCCUCUGCAAGGUGAUGAACGAGGGGCCAGUGAGGUUGCAUUCUAUACUUCAUUGUCUACUAACAGUGGGAUCCCGGAACACAUUCAAAGAUUUUUUCCCACCUUUUAUGGAACUCAGCUCGUAGAAGCAUCUGAUGGAUCUGGCUUGCUACCUCACUUGGUCUUGGAAGAUCUUGCUCUAGGUCGUGUCAAUCCAUCGAUAAUGGACAUUAAGAUUGGUUCAAGAACCUGGGCACCCGAAGCAUCCGAGAAAUAUAUUCAGAAGUGCUUAAAAAAAGAUCGAGAAUCGUCAAGCCUUUCAUUAGGAUUCAGAAUAUCGGGGUUGCAAAUCUAUAGAAGCAAAGAACUAGGAUUAUGGAAGCCUGGAAAGAAAGCUGCUCAGAAACUCUCUAGAGAGGAAGUCAAGUUAGUCCUGAGAAGGUUUGUUUCUUCAAACACAUUGAAUGAUUUGGAUUCGAGACCAGACUGCGCUUUCGCAUCAACUGUUUAUGGUGGAUCUACUGGCAUUUUAUCUCAGUUACUGGAGCUUAAAGCUUGGUUUGAGGAUCAAACUAUAUUCCAUUUGUAUUCUUGCUCAAUUCUGGUGAUUUUUGAAAAAGAGUUGGCAUUGAAAGGAAAGAAUCCAGGUGCACAAAUCAAACUGAUUGACUUUGCUCAUGUUUACGAAGGACGAGGUGUCAUUGAUCAUAACUUCUUGGGUGGUCUCUGCUCAUUGAUAAAAUUCAUUUCUGAAAUUCUCACUGCUCCUAAUGAGUGCGGAAUAGAAGUUUCUGCAAAAGCUGAUCAUAAGAACCUUACCGCUGAUAAUGGUGUUGUAGCUGAUCAUAAGAACCUUACCGACUCUGAUAAUGGUGUUGUAGCUAUUCAGAAGAAUCUUACCACUUCUGAUAACGGUGUUGUAGCUGAUCAGAAGAACCUUACCGUCUCUGAUAAUGGUGUUUUAGCUGAUCAGAAAAACCUUACCGUGUCUGAUGAUAACUGUGUUGUAGCUGAUCAGAAUGGUGUUAGCUGAUACAACUCAAACUCUUGUUGGAACCAUUUUUCAGCCUGGAUUCCAACAAUGCCACAUUUUCCGCAGAUAAUUUGCCUGAAUUGUUCAAUUCGGAGUCCUAUGCAAUGCUUCUAUGGGUCUUUUAAGAUUCUUCUGUAGUGCACUGAACUUAUGAUUUGUAGUCAUUGUAUUACAUAUUUGCUACAUUAACUCAGCUGAGCUUUGAACUCUUUUCUUUUGUAGAUUAGGAGGCAAAGAACAUUUUCUAAUGGAAGAGCACUAAUUUAUAACUGUUAAAACUUA